CAGCCCAGCCCAGAGCAGCCCAGCCCAGAGCAGCCCAGCCCAGAGCAGCCCAGCCCAGAGCAGCCCAGCCCAGCCCAGCCGCGGAGCCCGGCCUGGGAGGGCAUCAGACUCACCGCUCAGCCGUACUGCAGACCCCUGCCCACCCCCGGGACCCUCUCCCCACGGUGCCUACCUCUGCCCGGGCGCCGACUGUCUGUCCGCCCGCCUCUCCGCGCUGUUCUGUGCCUCUGCUGCUCUUUUGCCUUACCGUCAGUACUUGGUCGGAGGGAAAGGAAAGUUGUAAGAAAUGCCGAUCGCACAGUUGCUGGAGCUAUGGAAGAAGAUCGAGGUGGAGCCCAUGGAAAUCGAGACCCCCGAGGAGGAUCUUAACCUGGACUCGGAGCCCAUCGUGCAAGAUACCGUGGAAGAAGGCAAAUGUGACUCCGCCUUGCCUGGGACCAAGUCGGCCGCGUCACUAGAGGAGGAAGGCACCGUGAAGGAGAUCGACAUCAGCCACCAUGUGAAGGAAGGGUUUGAAAAGGCCGACCCUUCCCAGUUUGAACUGCUGAAAGUCUUAGGACAAGGAUCCUACGGAAAGGUGUUCCUGGUGAGGAAGACCAAGGGGUCUGACACGGGACAGCUGUACGCGAUGAAAGUCCUUAAGAAAGCUACUUUGAAAGUUCGGGACCGAGUCCGAUCGAAGAUGGAAAGAGACAUUUUGGCAGAAGUGAAUCACCCUUUCAUUGUGAAGCUUCAUUAUGCCUUUCAGACGGAGGGGAAGCUGUACCUGAUACUGGACUUCCUGCGAGGAGGGGACCUCUUCAGCCGGCUCUCCAAAGAGGUGAUGUUCACGGAGGAGGAUGUCAAGUUCUACCUGGCUGAGCUGGCCUUGGCGUUAGACCACCUGCACGGCCUGGGGAUCAUCUACAGGGACCUGAAGCCCGAGAACAUCCUGCUGGACGAAGAGGGACACAUUAAGAUCACAGAUUUCGGGCUGAGUAAGGAGGCCAUCGACCACGAUAAGAGAGCUUACUCCUUCUGCGGGACCAUAGAGUACAUGGCGCCCGAGGUGGUGAACCGGCGGGGACACACGCAGAGCGCCGACUGGUGGUCCUUCGGUGUGCUCAUGUUUGAGAUGCUCACGGGAUCGCUGCCGUUCCAGGGGAAGGACAGGAAGGAGACCAUGGCCCUCAUCCUCAAAGCCAAGCUGGGCAUGCCACAGUUCCUCAGCACCGAAGCCCAGAGCCUGCUGAGAGCCCUCUUCAAACGGAACCCGUGCAACCGUCUGGGUGCUGGCCUCGACGGGGUAGAGGAGAUCAAGCGGAACCCCUUCUUCAUGACCGUAGACUGGAAUAAGCUGUACCGGAAGGAGAUCAAGCCGCCAUUCAAGCCAGCGGUGGGCAGGCCCGAGGACACCUUCCACUUCGACCCCGAGUUCACAGCACGGACGCCCACAGACUCACCUGGCGUCCCCCCCAGCGCCAACGCUCAUCAUCUGUUCAGAGGAUUCAGUUUCGUGGCCUCGAGUCUGGUCCAGGAGCCCUCGCCGCAAGAUCUGCACAAAGCCACGGUCCACCCCAUCGUGCAGCAGUUACACGGGAACAACGUACACUUCACCGACGGCUACGAGAUCAAGGAGGACAUCGGGGUGGGCUCCUACUCCGUGUGCAAGCGAUGUGUGCAUAAAGCGACGGAGGCAGAGUACGCCGUGAAGAUCAUCGAUAAGAGUAAAAGAGACCCCUCGGAAGAGAUCGAGAUUCUCCUGAGAUACGGACAGCAUCCGAACAUCAUCACGCUCAAAGACGUCUACGACGACGGCAAGUUCGUGUACCUGGUGACGGAGCUGAUGCGUGGCGGGGAGCUCCUGGACCGCAUCCUGCGACAGCGACACUUCUCGGAGCGGGAGGCCAGCGAUGUGCUGUGCAUCAUCACCAGGACCAUGGAUUACCUCCACUCACAGGGGGUUGUUCAUCGAGACCUGAAGCCGAGUAACAUUCUGUACAUGGACGAGUCUGGAAACCCUGAGUCCAUCCGCAUCUGCGACUUUGGGUUCGCCAAGCAGCUUCGAGCUGAGAACGGGCUGUUGAUGACACCCUGCUACACGGCAAACUUUGUCGCCCCGGAGGUCCUGAAGCGACAAGGCUAUGACGCAGCGUGUGACAUCUGGAGUCUGGGGACCCUGCUUUACACCAUGCUGGCAGGAUUUACCCCUUUUGCAAACGGCCCCGAUGACACUCCCGAGGAGAUUUUGGCGAGGAUCGGCAGUGGGAAAUACGCCCUUUCUGGGGGGAACUGGGACUCCGUCUCUGAUGCGGCAAAGGAUGUCGUAUCCAAGAUGCUCCACGUGGACCCUCAUCAGCGCCUGACGGCAGUUCAAGUUCUCAAACACCCAUGGAUCGUGAACAGAGAGUACCUGUCCCAAAACCAGCUCAGCAGACAGGACGCCCACCUGGUGAAGGGGGCUAUGGCCGCCACCUACUUUGCCCUGAACCGAACCCCGCAGGCGCCGCGGCUGGAGCCCGUGCUGUCGUCCAGCCUGGCGCAGCGCAGGGGCAUGAAGAGACUCACGUCCACGAGGCUGUAGUGCCCGCAGGCUCUGCAGAGCGUCCUCGGGCUCGCGGGCAGCGGCCUGGGCCCCCGCCACGGGCGCCACGGAGUGACCACCGCCCGGCCACGGGCCCGGGCGCCUCCACUCAUUCCACGUUCUCUCGCUCCGCCUGGAUGGGAUCCGGCCCCGGGACCUCCCACCGCCUCCGGCCUCCCGCCUCCUCCCCCCCGAGCAAAGCCAGACCGACUUGUGUCACCGCUCACCGCCCUGCUGAUGGCCCGUAGGGCCCUUCGGACUCUGGAGGUCUUUUCCGAUCGUGGCUUAUAUUGAGAGACAGAGAUUUUUUGCCAGUUACAGAGCCAGCGACUUGGCCAGACCCGGACACCGGCGUCCUCGUUAUUGGCCCGGGAGGGCGCGCUGGCUGGUUCGCCUGUUGCCGGAAGGACGGGGUCGGCACGUGGCACCCAAGACUAGGCGCCGGGUCCCCUCCACAUGAUCCAAAGAGCCCUUGUCCCAUCUCCCCCUCGUCUCUGACUGAGGCGUUGGCUGUUCUCUCCCGGGUCGCAGACCCGAAAGUGGGGGGAGCCCGGCCCGGAACCGGCGAGCAGCAUCCUUGCCUCGGAAGCCUCUUUUCACAAGAACAGCACGUCCUUGGGGAGGAGCCAGCUGCAGCCUGUGCCCCCCCCCCCCACCGACCCACACACACCGGCCCGUGUCCUUGUUCCCCCCGCGGCUGGAUGGCUGGCGGGGGCUGCAGGGCCGGGGUCCGCGCUCCCGCCCGGAGGUUCGGAGACAGAGCUCUAGGCCCGACAGCCGGCCACGGCCCUCUGUCAGCCCCCUCCCCGUGCUCUCCCAAAGACCCGGUUUCUCUGUCUGCUUUCCUCUUUCUGGCCCACGGGAGACCCCCUCCCCUCCCGGGGCGCCGGCAACCCUGAGCUGGAGGGAGGGAGCCAGAGGGGAGCCCGGAGGCCGGGCCGCCACGCGGGGGCCUGGAGGGGAGCGGAAGGAGGCAUUUCCAGGGCAACCGUGCACUUGGUGGAA